AUGGCAAUACCAACCAUAGAGGAACUAAAAAAGGAAAAAAUUAUACCCCACGUUUUCCCUGACGAAAACAUUAAUUUAAGCAUAGAAGUAUUUAUAAGUUUUAAGGCAGGAAAAGAGGUAAACCAUGGAAAUAUAUUAGAUUUAUGCGGCACGGGAAGUACACCAAGGAACAUAAAAUUUUCAGAGCUCCCUCCCGAUGGUUACUGUUUUGUUUUGUUCAUGGUUGACUCAGAUUAUCCCUCAAGGAAACGACCAGAUGGAAAGGAAUAUGUUCAUUGGGUUGUAUCAGGUAUCAAAUCAAAUGAGUUAAUAAAAGGUACAGAAAAAAAUUGUAUUACCUUACUACCAUAUGUGGGACCAUCAAUAAAAAAGGGUACAGGAUUACAUAGAAUUAGUUUUAUCAUUUCUUUAAUAAAAGAAGAAGAUAAAGAUAAUAUUAUUGGUGUUCCUAUUUAUAGAGGGGAAAAUUAUAUAACUAGAGUAAAAUUUAACAAUUAUCAUUCUGCUUAUAAUAUUAUACAAAUAAAUAAUAUGAAAAUUGUGGGUUAUAAUUGGUGCCAAAUAGAGGCAUGA